UUUAGACUUCACUUUCAGUCACAAAUUAUUUCUUUUGCCAUUCACCACGUAUAUAUAUUCGCGUCAACAUAUUUAACUAAAAAUUAUACUUUUAUUACGUACUCCAAUCCUAUUAAAUAUAUAUUCCUUAAUAUAAUAGGCCCCAUAAUAAAGUUAUUUUGAAGUUUAACUUUUUACUUGUGAGGUGCCGGUCGUUGUUUCGUAGAUUAUUGUACAAAAUAACAUAAGAAAACUUUCGUCAUGGCUCCAGCGGCUCCAGCUGUAAGGCCGAAGCCCGACAAUGAUCCUAUCGGCAUCCGAGCAGUUCUCUUGGGACCGCCUGGUUCAGGUAAAGGAACUCAGGCUCCUCUUCUGAAAGAAAAAUACUGUGUGUGCCAUUUAUCAACCGGUGAUAUGCUUCGUGCGGAAGUUUCGUCAGGUUCAGCUCUUGGACGUCGCCUCAAGACGGUCAUGGAUGAAGGCAAGCUAGUUUCUGAUGAGAUGGUUGUUGAUAUGAUCGAUAAGAAUCUUGAUCAACCUGAAUGCAAAAAUGGUUUUCUGCUAGAUGGAUUUCCAAGAACUGUGCCCCAAGCACAGAAGCUGGAUGAUUUGUUGGCAAAGAGGAAAACAGAACUGGAUGCUGUUAUUGAGUUCGGAAUUCAGGAUAGUUUGCUUGUACGUAGAAUCACUGGCAGACUGAUCCACCCAUCAAGUGGACGAAGUUACCACGAAGAAUUCCAUCCGCCCAAGAAACCCAUGAUUGAUGACGUAAGUGGCGAGCCCUUAAUAAAAAGGUCAGAUGAUAAUGUCGAGGCGUUGAAGAAGCGGUUAGCGACCUACCAUGCGCAGACCGUGCCUCUGGUUGAUUAUUACUUGAGAAAAGGUCUGCAUUACAGGGUGGACGCCGCAAAACCAGCUGAAGAGGUUUUCAGUAAAAUUGAUAACAUAUUUAAAAGUCGCAUUUUCAGCAGAAACCGAGCAAGUCAGUAAUUUGUCUGUAACAUAUCAUUAUGUAAGCGUAAGUGUGUACAAAUCAAACUUUUAUAGUGAUUGAUAAAUGUGGAGGUUGUUUUUUUUCUAUAUCAAUUUAUCGAAAAUCUAGUUAUCUAUUUUAGAGACUAUAUUUCGUGGAUGAAUACAGUGAACUGGUAACAUGGAAGUUUUCGUUUCAUUU